AUGAUUGAUAAUAUGCAUUCCUCUUCUGGUGAAAUGAUUGAUAUUCAAAUUGAAGAAUCAUUAGGUAGAGAAACUCUAAUGGCCAUUGAUAGUGCAAAUUUCAGAGAUGAAAUCUAUUCUAUUGGUGGUUUUGUUGUUAUUUUGAUAAUCUCUACUCUCACCGGGUUUUUCGGUCCAAAACCAUUUGAUGUAAAUGAAAAGACCAUUUAUCUUCGCUCUAGCAACGAAAAAGGUCUUAUUGGCACAAAAGCACAAGAUUUUUCAAUGACAAUUAAAGAAAUCACACCAUAUUUCAAAUUUGUUUCAUUCCAACUCAUCUUCAACCGUGAGAAUACAGCGGGAGUUGUCAACGAACAGAUUGCAUACAACUAUAAAGUGGUCAUGAAGAAGAACAAUGAAAUCGUUAAAACAGUCGUGAAUUAUGACGAUAACACUCAUUUAAUUGCAUUUGCAGGUAACGAAGAGACUUAUCCGAUCAUACUUUACACUCAAAAACUAUUGAAUUUUGAUUCCAUUCACUUUGAGUGCACAAUUGAUGUUCCACCAAUGUAUACAUCUCUUACACUUCGCUUUGUUCAUGGUUUCACGCAAUACACGAUUUUUCAGAUUUAUUUCAAACUCAUUUUUGCCUUAAUUGAGCUUAUUUUCCUUGUUCUCUUUGUUCUCCGUCUCUCAACAGCCCAGUUCAAGUACUGGCACCUCGAACAGAAGCUCACAUGUCCUUUAUUACUUCUUUCGUUUUUGUAUAACAACAUUUUCGAAUUUUUCUUUGUCAAGCACAAGUCAAACUCCGUUGUCUUGCUGGAGAUACUUGUUAACAGUCUCUUCUCCGCUUAUUUGAAGUUUUUCAUUUUGGUUUUGUUCGAUUCUCUCCGCUACAAGAACAGGAAAACAGACAAGUGCUUCUUUGUCCCAAAGAUUAUCCUCUGCUCCAUCAUUUAUCUCGCAGAUGUCGUUUCAGAAAUCGGAUUUACUGUUUUUGAUAAGAAAAUCAUAUUUAUGGCCUAUUUCAACAUCGUUCUCUUCUGCGGAUACAUUGUGUGGUGCAUAUUCUGCAUCAUUGUCGCAUCAAUUCAGGUAGAUAUCACUGAAAGAUACAAAUAUAUUAUUUAUCUUGUCUCUGGAUCGGUGUCAAUUGCACUGAUAUUCCUUUACGGAGUAAUAUUCAGCUUCCUGCCAAAGUUUAAGGACUCUGCAUUGCGUUUUGUUGGAGUUUACUCAAUCCAGAACGUUUUUGUCCUCCUCAUGGCAUAUUUCCACUGGCCAUACGAGGUGUUGCACGAUCAGGACUACGUGAACGGAGAUAACGCACAGGAAGGUGCAACUCCAGCAGAAUUCUUCGUAAAUGAUGAGUCAAACUAG